AAUUUGUUCACUAUAAUAAGGAAGGAAAUAGUAAAGACGCUUACUUUGUACUUUUAAACGGCGCUGACCUAACAAUGAGGAAGUCGGAAACCCCUUUUCACGGUCUACUGAUUGUGGCGGUUAUCGUGAUGACGUCACUUGCCAAAGCUCAGGAAUCAGCUGAAAGCAUAUGCGCGAAGAAUAAUCAAAACUGUAAAACCUGUAUCAACGCUCAUCCAUCGUGUGCCUGGUGUGGACAAGUAGUUGGAGGUGCAGAGGAAAAUAACUUUAUGCAAAGAUGUAAAACAGUGAGUCAAAUCGGCGAUACUUGCAAUUCAACAUCUGCCAAUGUCAGCGAUUCGAUUACAAAUCCCAUGAGUCAUAUUGAAAUCGUCCAAAAUGUUCCUUUCACUGUGGUUGGACCAGAUUAUUUUGACAAUGAAACAAAUGUCGGUAAAACUGUGGUUCAAAUGAUGCCACAAAAUAUAACAGUCAAAUUGAGAAAAGGACAAUCCGUAAAGUUGAAUGUGACAUUCCGCAAGGUCAUAGAUUACCCACUCGACAUUUAUUACGUCAUGGAUCUGUCAAAUUCCAUGAAGGACGAUUUGGAAGUUUUGCAAACGUUGGGAACAAGUUUAUUCGACGAUAUUAAAGCAAAUGUCACUAACAAUACUCGUCUAGGAUUUGGAUCAUUUGUUGAUAAAGUGAUGAUGCCUUACACAAGCACAGUAGAAGAACAACUUAAGAAUCCAUGCGCAAAUCAGGAAAAUGCGACGACCUGUGCCCCGCCUUUUGGAUUCCGCCAUGUCGUCAAUAUAACAGGAAACGCGGCCGAAUUUGUGAACGCAAUCAAAUUAACAAGGAUAUCCGGAAACAUUGAUAUACCUGAGGGAUCUCUGGAUGCACUGAUGCAGAUAGCUGUAUGCACAGAGCAUAUAUACUGGAGGGAAGGAGCAACCCAUGUUAUUUUACUGACAACCGACGCUUCACCACAUCUCGCUAUGGAUGGAAAGCUUGCAGCUAUCUUAGAAGCGAACGACAUGAAAUGUCAUUUAGAGCCAGACACGAGUGAAGAUUCUCAGUUCAAGAAUGCGCUAGUAUACUCGAAAAGCAAAUUUAUGGAUUAUCCCUCCCUCGGUCAGCUCAAAAAAGUUUUUCAAGACAACAAAAUUCAUUCAAUCUAUGCUGUUACAGAAAACGUACAUGACCUGUACAAGCCGAUCGAGAAAGUACUAAACGAUGCUUAUGUUGCUGUAUUGAAGAGUGAUUCCAGCAACAUUAUACCACUGAUUCAUUCUACAUACAGUAAAUUGAAAGGAAAGUUAGCUUUGACAACGCCGAAGUCACCAGAUAACGUUGAAAUGUCAUAUCGUGUAUUCUGUCCACAUGAUAAUACAUCAAAAGAGAACGAACUACAAUGUGAAGGACUCGAAAUAAAUGACGAGGUCGUAUUUGAGUUUGAAUUCAAAGCAAAAGAAUGUCUGAGCAAUCCAAUGCAUGAACCAAUCAUUUUGAAAUCAAGUUCCCUACAAGAUGAAGUUCAUAUAAAUAUCGAAUAUCUAUGUGAGUGUGAAUGUCAGAACACCGGAGAAGCAAAAAGUGACAAAUGUAACACAGUUGGAAGUCUGGAAUGUGGAGUCUGUUCUUGUGACGAAGGGAAGGAAGGUUCCCAAUGCCAAUGCGAUUCUAUGGUUGACGGAACACCUGUCAAUGAUAAGUGCAAGAAACCAGGAUCAGAAUUACAAUGCGAGAACGUCGGUAGGUGUGAUUGUGGCAAAUGUAAACAAUGUAUUGCGCCUUAUAAUGGAACCUAUUGCCACUGUUUGACGACUGGGUGCCCUGACAACGAACAAGGCGUUUGCGGAGGUAAGGACAAAGGUUGGUGCAACAAUUGUCCUGGUAAUAACAUGGACAAAUGUGUUUGUCUCGGACAGUACACGAUCAGACCAUCCGACAAAACGUGUUCGUGUCAUCCAGACGAAUGCAAAAAAGAUAAAACACUAGAAAUACAAUGCAGUGGCCGAGGGAAUUGCAGUUGUGAUACCUGCGUUUGUAAAGAACCGACAAAAUGGUCUGGAAGAUAUUGCGAUACUUGUAUUCAUCCAUCAUGUACUGGUGUUGACAUGACUUGCGCUGGCGAUACCAUCAGAACCUGUGCUGAAUGUAAGAGUAGGAGAGAUGAUUGUACCAAUGAAUGUAAGAGCAACUCUUACACCGUUUACUCAAAAGUAUCAAGAUUUCCUGAUUGCUCGGGAUGCACCAGCACAAGUACAACGUGGGAUUGCAAGGAAUGUAAUAAAUUCGACGCCACACAAGAAAACGCACCAAAUUGCAAAGAAGCACAGGUUGAUGGCUGCACUUACGAAUAUCGAACUUAUUGGCUGAAAACAAAUCAGUUCCAAGUUUACGUGAAAGAAUACAACAAAGAAGAAGAUUGUCCAAAACCGGUCGACCCUGUUUUGAUCGUGUUACCGGUUAUUGGCGGAAUUUUAUUCUUCGGCAUCCUGGCACUGAUUAUCUGGAAGUUAUACACCGAUCAUAGAGAUAAAGUGCAAUACGAUAAAUUUGUGAAAGAACGAGAACAAGGAACAUGGCAGACCGGUAAUCCAUUAUUUAAGGAGCCAGGUCAAAAGUUCGCCAAUCCCAUGUAUGACGGAAAAAAUGAAUGAAGCAAAAGCAACACAAAAUUUCAGGACUUUCAUAAAUAUUUGCCUCCAUAUGUACGAGCAUUUAUACUUUUAAGAAGCAGAUAAUAUGUUCAGAUUGAACGUAGAUACCAAAACUAUUUCUUUGUUCACUGAUUAGUUUUACUUGAGAAUUCGAAUUAUGCAAAACACACAAAACCAGGCACCUUCCUUAGCAGGGUUUUUCAAAUUACCAUCACGGUGUACCAUUCGCCAUGACGACAUCAAUUUGAAGUACACUGACCGAAUAUAAUGAAUUUACACUUUCUCUUUUAUUUUUCAAAUAUUUUUAAACGUGGCGCAAACAGUUGUAACCACGUGUUAAAAGUGAAACCACGUAGUAAAGUAGGACCACAAGCGUUGAAUACCUUUUGUGGCUGUGAUCAUGAAAGUCUUAGAAAAACCGCUUUGAGGUAAACCCAUGAAUGACCAGGGUGCCUCUGCAAAAGUAACCAAUAUUUUUGUAACGGCGUAGGAGCAACAAAUAUAUUCACCAUCUAACAUUCGGCCAUUAAUAUUAUUAUAAUAUUACGGUUAUCAAACGUCUCUUUGAGUUUAAUAUUAAUUUUUACUUUUCCAAAAGUUCAUUUUCAACACUUUUUUACUGAAUCUAUUACAUUCUACAUAUUAAUAAAGAUUUGGGUUACAAUUUUGACGAGUUGUCGAAUUUUUGUUUGGCGUUUAUAUCGAUUCGUAUACUUAUAUAUCUUUGGAUAUUGCUCUUUUGGACACGGAGUUUACUUGUGAAUCGUUAUGAUAAAUUAACAUAUAACAUAUAUAGUCGAUUUCCAAUUUUGAGUAUUCAAAAAAAGGUUUCAGCCGUUAGAAAGUUAUUGCUUUUUAUUUUUCCUGCAAUUUCUUAUAGGACCCAAUGUUUUACACAACAUUUUACUAUAUAUUUCAAUUAUGAAGUCGUUUUCGUAACGUAGCGAACACUUUUUUUGGCAUCUGAACUUCGUGCCCAUAUAUUUGAGCAAUGUUAUUUUUUCGUUAGUAUUUUUACAUUCCAAUUCUUUCAUUGUCGUUAUUAUAUUUAAAACCAAUUAAAUUGGAGUAAUCUAUGCUUCACACAAGAAUAUUUUACCUAAAUUACUAUCAAUUGUUUGAGCUUCAUUGCCAUUUCAAUUAACAAAAUUUAUAAUGUACAAUAUGUGAGGAUCAUAAAAAAGCGUCGAAAAAAAUGAGUAUAAUCAAAAUCCGAAUUUAAAAACCUUUGAAAAAAAUAAAAAAUAUUUUUGAAUAUUUUUUUAAAAUCAAAUUAUUGUGUGUGGUGAAGCGUAUGAUUAUGUUUCAUUAUAUAUUUCCGGAGCUCCAGAAGUAUGUGCACCUAGAUGGUGUACAUCCUGAACCUGGAAUGUGUAACAAGUUAGGGUUCAAGUUGUGCGCCAUUUUGGUACACAUACUUCAGGAGCGCCCUUUCUCCUAAUCCUUUUAUAAACCAAAAUUUGCGGGCAAUUAAUUGUUAUUCAAUUUUUGGGGGUUUUAAGGUUUUUACUCGGUGCAAUCUUUAAAUGUUUUAAAUAUUGUAUUUUUUGUAUAUUAUAUGCAAUUGUCAUUUCAAAUGCGAUGUUCGAAACGAUACUUCGAAUUUCUUCAUAUACUCGUUUAUAAAAAGUACUGUAUCUAUUUUAGCAUGGUCUCCAUUUUAAUUCGUAUGAUAGACUACCUUAUAAUACUUUGUCAUCAGAAUAUUUUAUAGUUUUUAGAUAAAAAUUUUGGAUUCUGAUUCGAGUAACUUAAAGUUGGAUUGAUGUUAAUUGUUAAAUCUAGUAGAGUUUUUUAAUUUUUCUAUAUAAGAACACUGUAUUUAAACUCGUGGAUAUUUUGUAGAUUGCAUAUUGACCUGUGACGUCAGCAUAGUCCAGCACUCCUACUCAUUGGUUUUCAAGUGUGUGUCGUUAGAGUUUCUCAGCUUUACCUUGGAGUUUAGAGGAAAUCAAUUGUGUUUAGUUUGAUUAAAUAUAGUCUUAAUUAUUUAGUAAAAUAAUUAUUUUCUGCCAAUAAAAUACAAUUUACUGAGCUGGUUGCAAUGUGAACAAUGGGUGUUUCCUCGACCUUUGCACCUAGAAAAUUCUUUCUAUACCUUACCAUUGUGAAACUAUUUAUGCUUAUUUUGUUUCCACAAGUUAGUGCCAAGAAAUUGAUUUAUAUGUUCAUUGCCAUCAUUUUGAUUCAUAAUAUUCAUCUACCAGCCCUGUGAAAGUACAGAUAGCUAAUUUCUGCCGGGUCUAUCCCAGCUUUUUUGGUAGUUGGAGACGUCGUUUUUAUCAAAUGCUAU